AUGCCUCCAGACAUCUCAUCUCUCUCCGGAGGCUCCCUCAUCGUCGCAUGGCAGCUCAAGGACAAGAACGUCCUCAUCGUCGGCGGCGGUGACGUCGCCUCCGGCCGCAUCGAAUCUAUCCUCGUGGCCGACGCCCAUAUCACCCUCAUUGCUCCUCGGGCGGGCCUGCACCCUCUCACGAAGCACUUCAUCGACAACUCUGACCGCAUCGCCUAUCAUGAUCGUGUCUUUGCGGGCCCGCAGGAUCUCGCAGAUGUCGACAUGGUCCUGACAGCGAUCGACGACGUCGAGGUCUCCCGUCAAAUAUGCGCACUCUGCAGGGAGCGAAAGAUCCCAGUCAACGUCGCUGAUAUUCCACCCUCUUGCGACUUCUAUUUCGGUUCACAAAUCCGCAGCGGUCCUCUCCAGAUCAUGAUCUCCACCAACGGUCGUUCCCCGAAGCUCGCAAACAUCAUUCGGAAGAGGAUCGAGACAUGUAUUCCGGACCAUGCCGGCGAGGCUAUCGAGAAGGUCGGCGAGUUGAGGGAGAAGCUGAAGGAACGCGCGCCAGGCGUGGGGGGCGACUUGGGAAAGAGGAGGAUGCGGUGGAUGAUAGACGUAUGCUCUUCAUGGAGCAUGGAGGAAUUGGCGUUACUGGAUGACAAAAUGAUUGCAAGGUUGCUGGACGAGGGCUGGGAGAAGAACCAGGUUCCGCGGCUCGAGGACGUUGGCGGCCAUACGAAGAAGGCCUCGGCGAAUGCUACCUCGGUGCGGUCUCCGUCUCUUCUUUUGCCUACCGCUGUCGGCUUCGUUGCGGGUGUCCUCUGCUCCGCCGCAUUCCUGCUCACUCGGCCACGCUAAUGUCGCCAUGUCGUCUCCAAACAUUCCGGAACCCACGCCUUCAAAAUUAGACAGUAGCAACACAUUGGUUGCUUGAUGGACACUUGGAUAAAACAUAUGGACCUCCGCUCAUCCAUUCUUGCACUCCGGCACGACCAUCGUUUCCAUCCUAUACAUAUACAGCAGUGCCACACUCAUUCUAGACGCUUCGCACACAUACCUAUUGUCGUAGGACCAGACUUGUCUUCCUCGCAUUUACUCUAUGAACAGCUAC